UAUUAUUCACAAAAAUGUUGAAAACUAACAUAGAAACUACUUCGUCUUCCGGAGAAGGUGCAACGCAACAAACAAGCAGUGGGGAAGUGCAGUUACGAUCUAGAAGUGCCCGAAGUUCGAGGCAAAAAGCAGUGGAUAACGUAACCAACAAAUUUCUACGAAAUUUCGAUCCUGAACGUAGCGAAAGAGAGAAACGUAAAUUACAUCGUCGUUUAUAUCAAGGAAGUAAACGGCAUACUUUGUACAACGAAGAAGGCAUUUGGAUUAUAACUGGAGACAAUUUAUGCGAUUGUUUAAGUUUAGAAUGCGCAGGAUGUCAUUUUCCAUGUCCUAAAUGUUCAUCUCGAAAAUGUGGACACGAAUGCAGGAUCAAUCGUAAGUGGACUUAUGAUUCUGUCGAAAACGAGGGUAGUGACAUCAUAACGAAAAAUCCAAUACUCAAAGAAACCUAAAUACAAAUGAGGUUUGUUUUUUAAUCUAUUCUCUUUCUUUUUUCUUUUAAUCAAUAAACAUUCGUCAACAUUUACCCACAAUAAUAUAAGUAAGCAAAAUUUGAAUAUACAUUUGUAAUAAAAAGAAGUAAGAAAACUAUAUAUAAAAAGGUUUUUAUUAUAAUAAUUAUUAUCAUCGAACAUUAUGCAUUUUGUUGCACCCACGAGAAAAGAAUUAUUAUAUGCAAUAAAGCGAUAAUGUCCUACGAAAAUAUUAUUGAUUUUUCGCAUUUCUUCUUAGACUAAGUGUGCACGUAAUGCGCACGUACUUAGCUAAUGCACGUGUCUGUUACUAUUAAAUACAUGGAUAUUAGAACAUGUUCUGAAUAAAAUACUAAAAACAAAAAGAAAAAAAAGGCUGAGAAUUUUAAUUUCCUUUUCCAUUUAUCGAAUCUGUUAAAUCUUAAUUUUCUAUAAAAUACGAUCAAGAUCAAUUUCAAAUCUAACGCAAAAUAACCUUUAAUCGAGAAUCACACGAGUUCCUCAUUGUAAGGAGCCGCACCAACUGAGGUGCGUGCGCAUUUACUUAAUUCGCGAAUAGUGAGCAGAUGGGAGAAAGAGAGAGAGAGAGAAAGAGAGAGAGAGAGAGAGAGAAUCGUGCGGUGAGUAAACCGACGGGAUUGAAGUAGGGGGUGAAUAAUUCGGUGGGAAGGAGAAUGAUGGCAGGGGGGCGGAAGGAAGAAGGAGAGUAUAGAAUAUCCCGAUGUCGUUGACGCGAAAAAAUCGAAUGCAAGUAUUUUAAUCGAUCAGUGUUAAAUGAACGUGGUGCUGCAACCGGUAGAUUUUCGUUCUAUAAUGUGAGAAUAAUCAACAUUAAAAGUAUAGGAGAGGAUCGAGUUAGUGCACGAUUAUUACGAUUACGAUUACGACUCAACUACAACUACAUUUACAACUGCAACACAACUACACGACUACACUACGACUACACUACGACGACUACGACGACCACGACGACGACGACGACAACGACGACUACGACUACGACGGUCGAUGAGCUUACGACUAAAACAGCAGCGGCAUUUCUCCCAGGAUCCACCUAUCGCAUCAGUGUAGUGUUUUACCUACUCCCUUGAACGUAAACGUGUGCUACAAUUGUCGUUAAUUUUGAAGAAAAAGAAAUAAAAAACAAGAAAAGGAAAGGAAGAAGAAGAAGAA